GUAUGGGGCAGAAGCUCUCCUUGGUCUGUCGUGUUGGGUUUGAUCAACAACGUCUUCCAGCGCGUUUCUGAUCUGUUCAAUCUGCGUGGCCUCGAGACUGGACGGACCCGGCAGCCGAGAUGAACUGGGCGUUUCUCCAGGGCCUGCUGAGCGGGGUGAACAAGUACUCCACGGCCUUCGGCCGCAUCUGGCUGUCGGUGGUCUUCAUCUUCCGGGUGCUGGUGUUCGUGGUGGCGGCCGAGAAGGUGUGGGGCGACGAGCAGAAGGACUUCGCCUGCAACACGGCCCAGCCGGGCUGCCACAACGUCUGCUACGACCACUUCUUCCCCGUCUCGCACGUGCGGCUGUGGGCCCUGCAGCUCAUCUUCGUGACCGUGCCCUCGCUGCUCGUGGUCCUGCACGUGGGGUACCGCGAGGAGCGGGAGAGGAAGUACCGCCUCAAGCACGGGGCCGACUGCCGCCUGUACAUCGACACGGGCAAGAAGCGGGGCGGACUGUGGUGGACCUACUUCCUCAGCCUGAUCUUCAAGGCCCUGGUGGACGUCGUCUUCGUCUACCUGCUCUACUACCUCUACGAGGCCAGCUACUUCCCUGCGCUGGUCAAGUGCAGUGAGGACCCCUGCCCCAACAUGGUGGACUGCUUCAUCGCCCGCCCCACCGAGAAGCGCAUCUUCACCAUCUUCAUGGUGGUCACCAGCCUCGCCUGCGUCCUGCUCACCCUCUGCGAGAUCGUCUACCUGCUGGUCAAGCGCUGCAGGGAGUGCUGCACCUCCAUCAGGCACGGCCGGAAGCUGGCCAUGGCCACCUCUCUGGUCAACGGCAAGGACAGCACCACCAUGCUGGAGGUCAACACGCUGAAGGGGCACUGAGAGCUCCAGGGGCUCCUCUGGUGCCACCCUGUUCCCCCUGCCCAGACGCCAAGUGCAGGAAUGGACAUUGCUGGACAUCAUGAGAUAUUCUGCUUCAGUUGUAGUGUCCUGCACAGAGUUCUGAGGCUUAUUGUCCUUCCUAUGCUGCCACAGUCACAAGGCCACACUGCACGGUGUAAAUUCAGCAGGGAGAAAGAGAGGUUGGUCAGUGCCUCUUUAGGUCUCCUUUCUGAUCAGACGUACUCUUUAAUGUUUCUGAUAGAUACUGAAGCCUGCGCCAUGAGAAUGAGUGAAGUAGGAGGGAAAUCAUUACUGAACAACCCUGCAAAGUUUAUUGUGUACAGUGUGUUUUACCGAAAAAUGCAAAAAAAGUCCAGAGAGCUCACCUUGGUGUAGAUAUAAAGAAUGACAUUUCAUUGUUUAGAAGCUGCCCCUAGGACAUCAGAAUGUUGAAUGUUGCUCAGUUUAAUUUGGUGUUCCAUCUGCUGAACAAUUUAGCUAGUGCCUUUUUUUCAGUUUCUGAAUGCUGAAUUCUGCUGUUUGGGCAGAACGCGGUACUCAUGAGGUAGCUGGCCUUUGUUUCAAGGAAAAAAUAUAAUUUCUGAGAAAUUUACUCGAAACCGUUCACUGCCUUUUGUAAAACAUUUGGUCCUUCAUGUGUGGCCCUUUCCUCUAUUCUUCUGCACACCACUAUUAAAAGCACAUACCGGCUCUCCUCUCCAUAGGGAGUAAAACAUUAUAAGGGCUUUGUUUUAAUAAGCCAUCGCUGGACUUUGUGCCACCCACUGACACUGGCCACAGUGCUGGUGCCCUGUGCAUUAUAACAGUUAAUUGAAUACAAUAAAUGAACUUCAAUUCGUUGGGACAAAAGAUUGAAUAUUCAGCAUAGUUUUAUAGGGCAUAUCUACUACAUCCUAUAAUUUAUUUAAAAAAACAUUGUUUCACAUGUAGGGGGUAAUGCUUUUGUCUGCAAUUGCAUUCUCAGUAUUUGGUAUCAGAGGUUGCUACAUGACAUUGGAACAUAUUCUAUCUACAUUCCUGUAUUAAAUUAUACACGUUAAUAGACCAUCUCCCUACAUUAUAAGCUCUUUUUAAUGUAUGUUUUACGGAUACUGUAACAUUAAACUCUUUACUUUCUUGUAA